UAUGUUAUUUGUACUUGUCGGGGGUUUGAUAAGAGACUUAAUCCGUGGUCCCUGCCCACUGUUGGGGGCUCAUUACCGUAUCCAUUGGUCACUGACGAACCCUGCCCAAUCUCUGCAAUAAUUGAACCUCAAAGACAUUUGUAUAGCGUUUAAGGCUGAGAAUACUGAGGCUUCUGAUGGCACAUCCGGGCUAUCUGCAAACGUUCAGAAGGCUGAGGGCUUCCGGGAGUAACCCGUUUGAUCCGCAUGCUCACAGUCAAUAUGCAGGAGAAAAACUUCAGGUUCGUCUGGUCACACUUGAUGAAAAAUAUAGGAGCCAUUUAUUGCACCAACAAAUCAAAGCCUUCGAGGAGAAGGUAUACACUUCUUCGGACAAUUUCAAUGUUGACAUGAUGCUCAAAAUGUUUCGAGAACUGGCCAGGAGAUGUAAAGGAGCACGCGAUAUCUACACAAUAGGAGGAAUUCGACAGGCCAUCAACCAGGAAAUUCGAAAACUGCGCAUGCGCAAAAGAAACAAGCGACUUCCGGUCUCCGAAGAUAUUGGAAACGAAGCCGACGAGAUGAUGGAAUAUUUUAAUUGGUUUUUCAAAAAUUUGUCUUACUUAAGGGAACUGAGAAACAACUUCGUAAGCCGCAUUUUUAACCCCCUGUUCAAAUAUUUUUAUAAUGUUUCACACAAUGCUCCCGAUCGUGAGCGUUCUACUGACUCGGCCAUGUCCAUGUCAAACUUGAGCGUGGCUUCCCAUCGUUCCAUCGACAGUGGCAUUACGGGUAUAUCCGGUUGGAGUUCAUUUCGCUUCUCGGACACAGAAAGUCAAGCCUCUGGGGAUGACGAUAUCCAUGCCGCCAGAAAACACAUGAUUUCAAAAGCCGCCCUGCAACUGUUGGGUCGAGAAUUACGUGACGUCAGGUCACUAUAUGACACAGCAGAGCUAGAAAAAACUGCCCAAAGACUGGCCUUGGUAAAAGAACAGCUGGAUUACCUCAUCGACAACGAAGACAACAUAAACCACGCUCUUUUCAGCCAAGACAGCGAGCGAGUGGUCAGUCAUCUGAAGGUCAAGAAUUCCCGGACCUACUUCCUGAUGCGGCUUAUUCCAGACAUUCUGGUUAAGUGCCAGAUCUGCGCUUGGUUGGCGAGAAAGUGGCUGGAGAUUGACGACAAGAAAACGAAGGACCUUAAAGAGAGGCUGACCAAACUUGUGUCUCUUGAGGAUCAGCUGUCUAGGAGGUUAAAAAUGCUCUCUGUCGACAUCCAGAAACACGAGAAAAAGCUGGAGAAAGAAACUAAUGAGUUACAGAAGCUCUUAAAACGCGAAGAAAGGACUAACGAACUCGAAAUGACACUGCAUGGAUACCAGAAUAGGGAGAGGGACCUCAAAGAGUACAUGCAGAAACUAGAAAACGAAAAGCAGGAACUCACCAAUAAGUUAAACAACGCGAUAAAAGAAAAGAGGACGGGGGAAUAUAAAUCCCUGCAGACCAUGCUAGAGAGAAAUAAACUUCAGAUCUAUGCUAUGGAGCGUCAAAUGGGUACCCUGAACUUCCACAAGAGUAUCGUAGACAAUGACAUGCAAGUGGAGCUAGAGGUGAAAGCAAAUAUCAUUCAUUUCACGAAUGACGUACAAGACCAAUGUGAGGAACUCGAGAAAAUGCUCGAAAAUGAGAAAAAGGAGAAAAGGACCAUUCAAGCCGCACUUAUCCCUAUUGCGCAUGAUACAGAGGAAAUUCGGGAUCGCCUACGCGAGAAAGCAUACCCGGUUGAGGACAACGAAGGUAUCGUGGCUCAGUACAUAGGCAGUAGUCGGAUCCCUCUGUCUACACUGAGUGUCAAGGAAAUAAAGCGACGGUUCACGGCCGAUAACCCUAACCCCAAACAUGUCCCAGUGUUCGAGAGCCCGCGGAAGGUUAAUAUCUUCAAAACAGAAAUUCAACCGUAUCCCGAAACCCCUGAAUACGACUGGUAGUAAAUCAUAGCUCCUUUUGUAAAAAAAAAUAUUUUCAUUGUUUGACUGUGAUAUCAAAUUUUUGGCGGAGAGGAGAUAACAGCAAUCAGUUUUAAGGCCAUCUAAAACUAACUCUUUCCAGUCACAUCAUUUUUAGACUGCAAAAAUACAGAGAAAAUUCGCGCUAUCUGACCCAUUCGAACAUAUGUGCAUAUAUAUCGUUCAGAACCGAUUAAUUUAUUGUUUUAAUAGUGAAUAUCUAAAAUCUUUUAGAAUCUCAUUUUUCCAUGUACGAUUCAUGUCACCUUAUUUGUUUAUAUCCAAAGCCGCAAGUUUUUAUUUAUUGGCUUUUCUGGAAAAGUAUAUGUAUAUUUAACGUCAGAAAUAAACCAUUAAAUGUAUCUGAAUGUUUAGAUAUACUAUAACUGUUGCAUCAGAUAGCAAAUCUUUAAUAAAACUGUAAAAACUGUCAAUGUUAU